AUGCUGACCACACUCUCGACCAGGAGCCGCAGCCUGUUCCACGACGCGGGCAUCAGGAGCCAGAGCCACUCUGAGCAGGGUCACCUCCUCAUCAACAAUUGCCUCAAGCCGUGGAACUCCCUCCAGGAGGUGAGCAGGGACAUCUAUGACAUCUAUGCAGAGUAUGAACAUGAAGAGGAUGUGGAGCAGUUCCCUGUGUCCCCCACCAAAUACUUCACCCUCAACAUCAAUGUGGGAGGAACGGUGUACCGGCUGCCGUACCAGCUGGCCGCCCGGUACCCAAAAAGCCGCAUCGGGCGCCUGGCUACGUGCUCAGAGCACAGCCGCAGACUUGACCUGUGCGAUGACUACAUUGUUCACAGCCAGGAGUUCUUCUUUGACCGAGACCCUGCAGUGUUCCAGCACAUCUUCACCUUCUACAGGACAGGCGUGCUGUGGAUCAAAGAUGAGCUGUGUCCACGGAGCUUCCUGGAGGAGGUGAACUACUGGGGUGUGAGGAUCCGGAACACCCAGCGCUGCUGCCGCAUCUCCUUUGAGGAACGCCAGGAUGAGGUCAACCAGCAGUUGAGGAUCCAGAGGUUGCUGCUGGAGGAGGUAGCGGUAGAAGAGAACGAGGCUUUGUUCUUUCACAUGCGCUGGGGGCAGAGUCGAUGGGCACUGUGGAACCUGAUGGAGAAGCCCUUCUCCUCUGUUCCUGCUAAAGUCAUGGCAGUGGCCUCCUCCAUGUUUGUGCUUAUCUCGCUGGUCGCCAUGACACUCAACACAGUGGAGAACAUGCGCUUCCAGACAUCGUGGGGCCAGCUGAACGGCAGGAUUUAUGGCGAGAGCGUGGAGACCUUGUGUAUCAUGUUCUUCACUCUGGAGUAUGUGCUGCGCCUGGUGUCUACUCCAAACCUGAGGCGGUUUGGGCGGAGCAUGCUCAACACGGUGGACCUGAUUGCCAUCCUGCCACACUACCUGCAGAUUGUGCUAGAGUGCUUUGAAUAUGAGGACAUCCACCUGGACUCGGAAGACAUCGAGACAGUGGGACGUGUGGGCAAGGUGGGCCAGGUGCUGAGGAUCAUGCGGCUCAUGAGAAUCUUCAGGAUUCUCAAGUUGGCACGACACUCAACAGGACUGAGGGCGUUCGGCUUUACCCUGCGCCAGUGUUACCAGCAGGUGGGCUGUCUGCUGUUGUUUAUCGCCAUGGGGAUCUUCAUGUUCUCAGCCAUGGUCUACACGGUGGAGCAUGACGUCUCCAACACCAACUUCACGUCCAUUCCUCAUGCCUGGUGGUGGGCUGCAGCCAGCAUCUCGACUGUGGGAUACGGAGACAUGUUUCCAGAAACCAACCUGGGGCGGAUCUUUGCAUUCGGCUGCAUUUCCUUUGGGAUCAUCCUGAACGGCAUGCCCAUCUCCGUCCUCUACAACAAGUUCUCAGACUACUACGCCAAGCUCAAGUCCAAUGAGUACACGGCCAUCACCAAGGCCCGUGGCAAAGUACACUUCACCCGCAGGGCAGUGAGGAGGCUGGCACACAACUGCAAAACCUAAUGCAACCAC